AUGACCUCUCAUCCCUUCGUCGUGGUGCUUAGCCAUGGCUCUUGUCAUACCCCUGCUCCAUACCAGCCCCUGGUGGAUGCUUUGACUGAGCGCGGCAUCGAAACGUAUUGUCCCCAGCGACCUACCUGUGAGCUCAGUCAACUGAAUGUCGGGAACGUCAACAAUCCCGAUUUCGAUCGCAAGGCUCCACCAGGGGGAUACCCCCUCCCCGCAGAUGAUGCCGCUGAAGUUGGAUGCCUGGUGGACAACUUGAUCACUGAUGGAAAAUCGGUUCUGCUCGCCGGACAUUCUUCCGGUGGUUGGGUGGCCGCCGAGGCUGCAACAUCUGCCCGACAGGCUUCUGUUCGAGUCAAGGAGGGCAAGACUGGCGGUAUCAUCGGGAUCUUCUUCAUUGGAGCAUUCAUCAUCCCCGAGGGUCAAUCGGUUCACAGCUUCUUUCAACCCGCUGAUGGCAAUUUCAUUGCACCGCCAUUCAUGCGAUUCCACAAACACGGUGUGGAUGGUCUGGGCACAAUGGUUGACCCUGAGAAAUUCCUCUUCAAUGAUCUCGACGAGGCGAUCGCUAAGAAGUGGGCGGCUACCUUGACUGCAGCCCCCAUCAUGAACAGUCCUCUGACUCAUAACCCCUACAUGACUGUGCCCUGUGCGUACCUGGUACUAGAAAAGGACUGCACUUUACCGAAGAAGUAUCAGGAAGGCAUGGCUGCAAACCAGGAGAAGCCAUUCACCAUGUACUAUGCGCCGUGUGGACACUCGCCGCAUCUCAGUUGGACGACCGGUCUUGUCGAGAAGAUUGAGAAGUUUGCUCAAAAGAUCUUAGAUUAA